UCGACGAGGGCGACGACGCGCUGGCCAGCCAGGCCGACCCGGACCCGUACGGCGUCAGCAACACCAUGGGCACCAAGGAGCGCCUCGACCUCGUCAAGAAGCUGCUCAAGCAGGAGCCCCUCAUCGACGGGCACAACGACCUGCCCUGGAACAUCCGCAAGUUUGUGCACAACCGCCUGGCGCGCCUGCAGCUCGAGGACCUCCGCCAGGGCCCCGGCCCCUGGAGCCGCAGCAAGUGGAGCCAGACGGACCUGAGCCGGCUGCGGGCGGGCUUCGUCGGCGGCCAGUUCUGGGCGGCGUACGUGCCGUGCGAGUCGCAGUACCUCAACGCGGUGCAGCUGACCCUGGAGCAGGUGGACGUCAUCAAGCGCGUCAUCGCCAAGUACCCGGCGCACCUGCGCGCCGCCACCUCCGCCGACGAGAUCGUGGGCGCGCACAAGGACGGCCUGAUCGCGUCGCUGAUUGGCGUCGAGGGCGGCCACUCGCUGGGCUCCUCCCUGGCCGUGCUCCGCGCCCUCUACGACCUCGGCGUGCGCUACCUCACGCUCACGCACACCUGCGACACGCCCUGGUCGGAGACGACCUCCCCGCAAACCUCGGCCGCCAGAACCAAGGGACUCACCGAGUUUGGCAAACUCGUGGUCAAAGAGAUGAACCGCCUGGGCAUGAUGGUGGACCUGUCGCACACGUCCGUGCGCACCAUGCGCGACGCGCUGGCCGUGUCCAGGGCGCCCGUCAUCUUCAGCCACUCCUCCGCCCUGUCGGUUUGCAACUCCUCCCGCAACGUCCCCGACGACGUCCUCGACAAAGUGAAAGCGAACGGCGGCAUCGUCAUGGUCACCUUCUACAACUACUUCGUGACGUGCGGCGAGGUGGCGCGCGUGGCGGACGUGGCAGCGCACAUUAACUACAUCCGGAAGAGAAUAGGACCCGACCACGUCGGGGUUGGCGGCGACUUUGACGGCGUGAAUAAGACGCCGCAGGGGCUGGAGGACGUGUCGCGCUACCCCGACCUGUUUGUGGAGCUGCUGCGCUCCGGCAACUGGACGGGGGCCGAUCUGCAGAAGGUGGCGGGCCGCAACCUGCUGCGGGUGCUGCGCCGCGUCGAGAAGGUUCGCGACGAGAUGCGCGCCGAGGGCGUGCUGGCCGCCGACGACGUCCUGGAGCCGGUGGACCCCGUGGGGCCCAAGGGCGGCCACGACGGCCGCUGCGUCUUCGACAUGUCACUGUUCAGCGACGACGAGAGGGCGCGCGAAAUUUAAAUCGUUCUCCCUGGUUCUCCCUGCACGCCCCGCCCUUUCCCCCGCCGGUGCUCUUUGACACUUUUGACUGAUGCGUUCAAUAAGGCCGCGCCCGCGCUUCUACAAGAAGAGGCUUUCAAACAAAAUAACUCCGGCGGGCGCGGCGCCGGGACUCCACGACCAGGUGCUGGAACUGACGGCCUCGACUCAGCCUCGACGAAUAUUCUUCUUUUGGCCUAUGGAAAUUCGGCAUAGCCCGCUGGACGCGACCAACCGCCACUUGUAUUGUGUAUAGUUCGUUUCCAGAAUGUGUGGUUAUCUCCUUUUGACUGCUAAAUACUUCUUUAGUGGAUGUCUGUGUUAUCAUUUUUCAAUUCAUUUAGGGACCAUUAAAAAAUGUUCCGAGAAGGAUGCGAUGUUGAGGUGACGGUUGUGCCAAUAUGUGGGGGCGAAAGAGAUUCACGAUACACCUGGAACAUGAUCCCCAAACCAACUACUAAGUGUUUAUAAGUGUGCUUAGUUAAAGACUAGUUUUCCCAUACAGUCGACUAUUUCCCUGUAGAUUCCAUUCGGUCGAAGUUUCAUCUUCUCCCCCUCUCCCCUGUACCUACCCUAUAAUAGCUGCUAACUAAUUUGGCAUUUCAAUCUUCUUAUCCUUCUCUGAAUAAAAUUCUUAUUCUAUUUUGAUAUCAAAAUAUGUGAUGUUAAUUUUAAGUCAAAUGAUUCUAGAAUUAUGUGUAUGAUCUGCGUUAUGUGCCAUUCGUUAUAUCUUACUAAUUUUAUGUUCUGUUCUUUGUCCUUUGGUUUCUAAAAAAAUGUUUAUUUUCAUCAUUAAAAGUACAUUUUCUGAACUGAAAUUCGAGAAAAAAAAAUUACAAUCCUAGUAUGUAAAUUAUUUAAUUAAGGAGACGCCAACGGCGUUUAACUUUGAAUCUGUGUCUGUUCGUUAUUGUGUGUGAAUGUGAGCGUGGGUGGAACCCUUGCCCUUGCAAUAUUCAAUAAACCCAAAAGUCCA